AUGUCAUGCCAGCACUGUGUGCUUGAACCAGGUGGAGCCUGUUCACCAUGCCGUUGCAACCACGAUGCAGCGCGAUGCAGCCCUGGUCCGUGACUGGCAUCGUUCCCCGGAACACUCUGACCACUCCGUCACACAACGCCCAGCCCAGAAUCUGUUGGCGACGUGUCCAUCGCACUUGCAUCAACGCCUUGUUGAGUGCUGGAGUAAUCUUGGCGUGUUUGUAUCAUCACCGUAGCUUACUCGCCCGCUCGGGUACUGUCGGGUUGGAGGGUAGCUAUCUCUACAGUCAUCGCCAGCCUUAUCUUCGUACCAGAGCACAAUACGGUCAAACAUGAUAGCAGGUAAUUACAAAGGCUGCUCUCUAUCUUAAGAAGUUCGCCGUUGCGCUAAUCUUGCCGGAGUGACUUCAUGCGUCUGAGAUACGAGGAGUCCCUGCUACCAAGGUACUCUAUGAGCCAGUUCCAGCAUUCCAACAUCCCCACAUCCCCACACAAGAGGUAAGAUGGGCAUGAUCUCUCGCCCAAGCCUUGGUCUUGUGAUUGA